AUCCCGAGUACGCGCGAGUGUGUCGGAGGCGCGCAGCUCGAGCGCAGCUCAGUGCUCAGACAUGGCGGCGGACCUGAACCCGGAGUGGCUGUCUUGCCUGCCUUCCUCAUGGAGUUACGGCGUGACCCGCGACGGACGCGUCUUCUUUAUCAAUGAAGAAGCGAAGAGCACAACCUGGCUGCAUCCAGUCACGGGAGAAGCCGUCAUUACAGGGCACAGAAAAACUCCAGAUUUACCCACCGGAUGGGAAGAAGGAUAUACGUUCGAAGGAGCCCGCUGCUUUAUCAAUCACAAUGAGCGAAAGGUGACCUGCAAGCAUCCCGUCACAGCCGUUCCUUCGCAAGACAACUGCAUCUUUGUCGUCAACGAACAACCAGCGACCAAAGCACCAGCGGCCGAGAAGAAAGAACGUCCAACCAGCACCAUGAGCGAAGCGUCGAACUACACGGGCGGCUCAGACUAUACCACACAUCCCAGCAGCCCCACAACCAGACUGUCCAGGUCCUCAAAGAAAGUCCACAACUUUGGCAAGAGGUCCAACUCCAUCAAGAGGAACCCCAAUGGCCUGGUGGUGAAAAAUGGCUGGCUUUACAAACAGGACAGUACUGGAAUGAAGAUGUGGAAGAAGAGAUGGUUUGUUCUGUCUGACAUGUGCCUCUUCUACUAUAGAGAUGAGAAGGAAGAGGGAAUCUUGGGAAGUAUCCUCCUGCCCAGCUUCCGCAUCUCCAUGCUGUCUGUGGACGACCACAUAAGCAGGAAAUAUGCCUUCAAGGCAACGCAUCCAAACAUGCGGACGUACUAUUUCAGCACUGACACAGCCAAAGAUAUGGAGUCCUGGAUGAAGGUUAUGACAGAUGCAGCAUUGGUCCACUCUGAGCCAAUCAGAAGGCUUGAGAAGGUGAAGGUUGACUCACGCAGCCCUCAGGAGAUGAACAACAUGCUGAAUCACCGAGUCCUGACCCGACCUGAGAUCCAAAACAACGAGAGAAACCGUGAGACGCUCCGCCAGGAGGAGAAGAAGCAGAAAGCCGUGGACAAGCAAAAAGAGAAAGACGGCAGGGUAAGCGUGCAGAAAGAUGGAGAGCGAUACAACCUCCAGAGAGACGCAGACAACUACACUCUGCACUCAGACGCUCAGAGACUCGCUCUGCAGAAGGACGGAGACAGAUACAUGCUGCAGAAGGACGUGGAGAAAUACGUCCUGCAGAAAGACGGAGACAAAUACGCCGUCCACAAAGACGGAGAGAAGUACCUGCUGCAGAAGGAUGGCCAGAAAUACAAGCUACACAAAGACGGAGACAAGUUCACGCUUCAGAGGGAAGGCAAAAAAUACGCUCCCCCAAAAGACAGCGAGAAGAUCCUGCAAAAAGAGACAAGGUACCCUCGUGGAGACAAACACAUGCAGCAGAAAGACCCGGAGAAACCCGUCCUGCCGCCGCGGGAGGGCGAGAAAUACGGCUUCCAGAACGAGGGCGCUGUGGAGCGGCCGCUCACCAAGAUCAACAGCAUCAAACUCCAGCCGGCUCAAGCGGCGGCCAUCGCUGCGGCCGUCUCGUCCUCCAGACAGCUCCAGUGCGCAGCGGGAUCCGGGCAGUACAAGCCGGCCCAGGUCAACGGUUCUGGGGAACGAGGAGGAGACAGAAGCCCUGGAGACAUGAGCAAUACGAUGCCCCAGAGGACGACGGUGCCGCCACAGCCGGCAGAACCAGAGCGAACCCUGAGCAGAACCAACUCCAUGCAGCAGCUAGAGCAGUGGGUCCGUACACACCGCACACGGGCCCCGGACGACGACACCAGGAGCAUUACGUCCUACCAAACGUUGCCGCGGAACAUGCCGAGCCACCGUGCGCAGAUCGUCCCACGCUAUCCCGAGGGCUACCGGACGCUCCCGCGUAACAUGCUGCGGCCGGACAGCAUCUGCAGCGUGGCGGGGUCGAUGUACGACCAGGCGCUGCAGCCGACGACUGCAGAGAAGCGGCGCUCCAUACGGGACGACACUAUGUGGCAGCUGUACGAGUGGCAGCAGAGGCAGGCGCACAGCCGGAUCGGAUACGGGACGUUGCCCAGCCCCAAAACCAUGGGCCAGAUCGCCGAGUCCAUCCCCACGUCUCCUUCCCAUGGGUCUCUGGCCGGUUACCACACCUUCUCCCCUAAUCGCCCCCUCAACCCAGAUUCCCGCUCUGAAGUUUCCUCGCCGGUGUUUCGUGGGGACGUGACUAUUGAACGCCGCCACCGACCGCACCUCUCCAAGUACUCCUUUCCUGCCGAGCGCAGGCCUGUUCCUCCCGCACAGAGCAUCACUGCACAGUCUCUGCAAAGCAAAACGCCAGAGGAACUGACCCUGCUGCUCAUCAAGCUCCGGCGGCAGCAGGCCGAACUCAGCAGCCUCCGUGAGCACACGCUCGCUCAGCUGAUGCAGCUAAACCUCGAUGCCGCCAACCCAAAGAGUGAAAUCCUUUCCCAUCACCUACAGAGGAAUCUCGUGUACUUGGACAGCCAGAUGAAGGAGAAUGAGCCAAUAAUCUUCAUGAUUCACACUGUGAUUGAGAACUCAGCAUCAAGGCCGCAGCUGUACCAGCAACAGAUGAGUCCUGAAGAGUACAGAGAAAACACCUACUCAUACAGACCCGAGGAGCUGGACAUCGAUGCGAAGUUAAGUCGACUAUGUGAGCAGGAUAAAGUAGUGAGAAAUCAAGCAGAAAAACUGCAGCAGCUCCACAGAGAAAAGCACACGCUGGAGACGGCCUUGCUGUCGGCCAGUCAGGAGAUCGAGAUGAGCGCUGAAAACCCUGCGGCGGUGCAGAGCGUCAUCCAGCAGCGGGACGUCCUGCAGAGCGGCCUGCUCAGCACCUGCAGAGAGGUGUCGCGUGUCAGCGCCGAGCUGGAGCGGAGCUGGAGGGAGUACGAUCGGCUGGAGGCGGACGUCACAAUGGCCAAAACGAACCUGCUGGAGCAGCUCGAGGCCCUCGGGAGCCCACAGGUGACAAAUCCAGCUAUGAAACACGUCCAGAUCCAGAAGGAGUUGUGGAGGAUUCAGGAUGUGAUGGAGGCGCUGAACAAGAACAAACCCAAGAGAAACGCAGAACCCAGUUUUCCUGGCGCAAACCCCCUGUCAAACCUGCAUAAAAGUGAAGAGUCAGACUCAGUGCCUCUGCGUCCUCCUCUCCCGUACUCUUAUGAGGGGGGAGACCGGCCUCCUCACGCGCCUCGCACCACCCCUCACCGGCCCGAGGACCGCAAGGCCGCCCAGCGCAACGGCGCCCACAGCGGGCCCGAUUACAGACUGUAUAAGAGCGAGCCGGAGCUCACCACCGUAGCCGAGGUCGACGAGAGCAACGGCGAAGACAAAUCUGAGCAGACGGCAGAGAAAGAGCCGCCCGGUGUCACCAAAGGUGUAGUUUACCCCGUCGGAGUGGUCAGUCCCAGGACUAAAUCACCCAUGCCUGAAUCCUCCACCAUCGCCUCUUAUGUCACCUUGAGGAAGAGCAAGAAACCUGAUCCCAGAACAUCCCAGCCGCAGGACCGUCCGCGCAGUGCGGUGGAGCACAUGAGCAGCGCUGUAGAGGUGGGCCGAACACGCAUGACCGUGGAGGAGCAGAUGGAGCGAAUCAGGAGGCACCAGCUAGGGGCGCUGCGUGAACGAAGACGAGAGGACGGAUCGCUGUCCCGCAGCCUCUCCUUCACCAAAGACAACCCCUACUACACCCUACAGAUGCGUAAGAAGAGCCCGGUGAUCUCUCCAGAUGAGCAGGACGACCGCAGAGACACGUCGCCUGAGGAGCAACCACAGCUGACGACCAAACCGACCGAUGCAGAAGAAAACUGCAAGAAUACUGAAGAUGUGGAAUCUGGAAAUGCCAACUUGGAGAACAAGACGCGUCUGAGGUGCUAUCAAACCCUCGCUGAUGUACAUUACAGCGCCCAGACUCACUGUCAACAGGAAGUGGAGCGUACAAAGCCCAUAAACGCACUGGUUUUAUUCAGUCUGCCGAGGGUCGUGUUCAUCGUUGGCUUGUUUUAUAUGGAUUUUAAUCAGUCGCUCCCGGUUUGA